UAGCGCUGCUGGUGUCCGUGUGUGUCGUGUCGUGGAUUUUAUUCUGCACUCGUGUGAUGACAUCAUUUUGAUACCCGCCCGAUUUUUUCUGCAGCCAGUCAGUGGUAGAGAAAGAAAUAUGUUUUUGUUGGAUGCUUUUGCAGGUCACAGUAGAUAAUCGAAAAAAUAGCAGCAGUGAUUGAAAAGCGAAAAUUUGGUUUAUUUUCGAGUUCGUGAAAAAAUAGUGAAUUUUUAAGGAAACUUGAGGAAUCCUCGUUUAUUUUAAGUUGCGUGAAUAAUCCAGCUCGUCGUUCGACUAAGAAGAACGCGCGACCUGAUACGACGCGACAUCGCCUGUGAGUCGCCGGAUUCUGCGGCCAGAGAAAAGAAAAGGCAUCGUUCAGUGUGAUAUAGUGUCCGGAUACUCUAGCUGUGUGGAGUAGUAGUGGUGUAGUUUCGAUUUGUGUGUGCAAUUUUCCUGCCAGUGGAGUAUAUAGUAUGUGGACAAUCAGAUGCCGCGGUGGCGGCCCGGCAGUAACGCCACUGCUGGUGCUGGUCGCCCUCAACGUGCUGGCCGUGCAGAGUCUCAUUCAUUCACCACCCCGCAUCAUCAAGCAGCCACCGACGGACGAGAUGCUGUUCCAGGUGGCUCAGCCGGGCGAAAACGACAAGCCCUUCAUCGUGGAAUGCGAAGCGGAAGGCGAACCGACACCACAAUAUCGUUGGAUCAAAAACGGCAAAAAGUUCGAAUACCAGACAUACGACGACCGAAUGUCACAGCAACCGGGCCGGGGUACGAUUGUAAUAAAAUCCCCUCGGGACGAGGAUCUCGGUCAGUAUCAGUGCUUUGCACAGAAUGAACACGGAACGGCGACCUCCAAUUCGGUGUUUGUUCGCAAGGCCGAGCUGAACUCGUUCAAGGAUGAAUCGGCCAAAACGGUACAGGUGGACGAAGGCAGUCCGUUCAAGAUGCAAUGUCAGCCGCCGGACGGUUGGCCGCGACCAAACGUGUACUGGUUAAUUCAGAACAUGGACGGCGGUAUCAGCUCGAUCAACAACUCCCGAAUGACGCUGGAUCCCGAGGGUAACCUGUGGUUCUCGAACGUAACCCGUAUCGAUCAGUCGGACGAUUUCUACUAUGCUUGCGCGGCUUCCUCGCUGUUCCGUAAUGAGUACAAAAUUGGCAAUCGGGUACUGUUGCAGGUUAAACAAACCGGAAUUUCCGCUGCCCAGAAUAAAUAUCGACCGGUACGACAGUAUGUAUCGAGGAAAAAUGAGGUCGCACUGAGAGGAAAGAAAAUUGAACUAUUCUGUAUUUACGGAGGAACACCGCUGCCACAGGUGGUUUGGACUAAAGAUGGUAAACCGAUACAGUGGAACGAUAAAAUUCAGCAAAACAAUUACGGCAAAUCGCUGGUGAUACGGCACGUUUCGAACGACGAUCAGGGCACGUACCAGUGCGAAUCAUCCAACGGCGUCGGCAGUGCCGAAUCCUACUCGAUUCAGCUGCGGGUACAAGCCAUACCGUACUUCACGGUGGAACCGGAAAUCGUUAACGCUGCCGAAGAUGAAACUGCCGAGUUCCGCUGCGAAGCUACCGGUGAACCGAAGCCGGAGAUCAUUUGGAUUCACAACGGGAAACCGAUUGGCCAGUCGGACAACAAUCCACGGCGGACCGUCAGCACCAAUCGAAUUUUCUUCACCAAGCUGCAGAAGAAUGAUACCGGUAACUACGGUUGUAACGCUACCAACUCGCUGGGCUACGUCUACAAGGACGUCUAUCUGAACGUGCUGGCUUUGGCACCGGAAAUCACCGAACCACCGAAGAAAGAAUUCACCGUCGAUCGGCGAAAUGUUACGCUAACGUGUCGCGUGUUUGGCGCUCCCAAGCCACAGGUCAAAUGGAUUCGCAACGGACGCGAACUGACCGGAGGACGCUACCAGGUGCUCGAAAGUGGCGAUCUGUUCAUCAAGGGAGUCGAAUUUACCGACGACGGAGAGUACACCUGUAAUGCGGAGAACAAACUCGGUACCAAGUCGGCCAGCGGGCAGCUGGUCGUGAAGCAACACACACGGAUCAUCGAUGCACCGCAGGACUACGAGGUGGUGGCCGGUACGCAAGCGACCUUCCGGUGUAAUGCGGUGGCGGACUCGGCGCUGGGGUUAACGAUCGAAUGGCUAACCGAUAGCGUGCCGAUCGAUUUCGAAACUCAGCCGCGGUUUGUGAUGACGAACGAUUACUCGUUGACGAUUUCGAAAACCAUCGAACUGGACACGGGUGUGUAUACGUGCUUGGCACGUACGGAUUUGGACGAAGUCAUGGCAAAUGCCACCUUGACCGUAUAUGAUAGACCGAACAGUCCUUCGCUGAUGAGAAUUGAGUGUCAUCAAAGUGUCGCUACGAUUUCCUGGAAGCCUAACGGCGAUAAUCGUUCUCCGAUUUUGCAUUACACUAUCGAAUUUAAUACAUCUUUUACACCGGACAGUUGGGAAAUUUCCACCAAGGAUGUACCGGCGACCGAUUUUACCUACAGCGUUGAUAUGAGCCCAUGGGCCAACUAUACAUUCCGGGUGAUUGCCAUCAACAAAGUUGGGCCUUCGUUGCCAUCGAGACAUAGCGAAAUGUGCACGACCCAGCCCAGUGUCCCUUACAAGAAUCCAGACAACGUUGAAGGUCAAGGCACGGAACCAAACAACUUGCUGAUCAAAUGGACUCCGAUGUCCGAGAUUGAACACAAUGCUCCCCGGUUCCAGUAUCGAGUUUACUGGCAGCUGGACACUGGAGUAGACAAUUGGAACACCGAAGAUAUCUUCGACUGGCGUCAGUCGGAACUGCUCGUUCGCGAUCAACCCACAUUCCAGCGCUAUCGAAUUAAGGUGGUGGCAAUUAACGAACUCGGUGAAGCAAAUGUAGCCGCUAAAGAGGUGAUUGGCUAUUCCGGAGAAGACAGACCGACAGAGGCACCAACCAAUUUCACACUCAUCCAAGUCACCGCUCCCACAUCGGCCAUUCUCAGCUGGAACCCGGUGACGGAGGAAAGCGUUCGAGGACACUUCAAGGGUUACAAAAUCCAAACAUGGACCGAUGCCGACGGAGAAGAAAACCUUCGUGAGGUACUAGUUACAUCCGACUCGAAACAAGCUCUAGUCACAGACUUUGUCCCCGAUUCGACCAAUUACGCUCGAAUUCUGGCGUACAAUGGACGUUUUAAUGGUCCUGCUAGCACAACACUCUCGUUCGAUACACCGGAAGGUGUACCGAACACCAUCCAAUCGCUGGAUGCCAUACCGCUGGGAUCGUCCGCCUUCUUGCUCAAGUGGAAGAAACCUCUGCAGCCGAACGGUAAACUAACCGGUUACAAAAUCUACUACGAAGAGGUUAAGGGAACAUCGUUCGGGCCGCGAAUGGAACGUGAACCACACAUCCAAGACCCCCGGGUGACGGAGGCCAAGCUUGGCAAACUGAAGGAGAACACCAAGUAUCGAGUGCACGUGGUGGGAACCACCAAAGCAGGAGAGGGACAAGACUAUUACAUCGAGCAGAAGACUGCCAGUGGAAUUGCGAUACCGCCCGAUCAGCCCUACUUCGCGUGGGAGCGACAACCGAACGACAAUGGCCGCGCCGAUAUCAAGGUCAUCUGGCAGCCCAACUUGGAGGGCAAACCGGGCUCGCAUUUCCUGAUUAAGUACCGCAUCAAGGGCGAAAGCCAGUGGAUCACGACGGACCCGGUCCUGUACGAGAACCACCACACUGUUCACGGACUGGAUCCGGACAGCAACUACGAGUUCCGCGUUGUAUCCAUCGACGGCGGCUAUCAGACGGAGUCACUCUCGCAGGAGGUUGACACCUACGGAAUCGAGGGUCCCAUCAAAGUGCCCAACGAGAAUGUGGCCACAGCCGGUUGGUUCAUUGGAAUGAUGCUGGCGAUUGCCUUCCUAAUUCUGCUGCUGAUCAUCAUUUGCAUUAUCAAACGCAACCGAGGUGGCAAGUAUGACGUGCACGAUCGCGAGCUGGCGAACGGUCGGAACGAUUACACCGAAGAGGGCGGCUUCCCCGAAUACUCCCAACCCUUGGACAAUAAAAGCCAGGGUCGACAGUCACUGAGCUCGCAAAAAGUCGCACCGGAAAGUGAUACUGAUUCCAUGGCGGAAUAUGGUGAAGGUGAUACAGAAGGUAUGAAUGAGGAUGGUUCCUUCAUCGGACAGUACGGCCGUAAGGGCAAGAACGCGGACAGCAGCUCACAAGCGUUCGCGACACUGGUUUAGUAGGUUGUAGUAUUAAAAUUAGUCGGAUAGGUUUCUAACAAACAAACAAAAAACAAACAAACAAACAACAACAACAUUCUCGUAGUUAGGAGAGCCACCCAUCCACCCACCCACACAGAGCAGGUGGGGCGGCGUGGACUCGAAUGAAUGUUAUGAUUUUUUUUUAAUUUUUGAAGUAUUUAACAACGGUAUCGAUUGGUGUGUACCGUGGUCGCAAGAACACAAAACAGAUUACAAACUAGAAAGAGUCUGCACGCCGAACUGAAGUGUAGUCUAUCGUCUCGAACCGGCGUCAGUCACCCAGUUAGGGUGUGAAUCGUUGAAAUGGAAUCAAAACACUAGCCAGAAAUGUAUAGGGUAAUUAUUUUUUUGAGUAUUUUUACAACUACUUUAUAAAUAGGAGCGACAAUCAAACGAGCAGAAAACGCAGAGAAACGAGAGAAAUGCAGAUUCAAAUUCAGAUAAUUUGAUUUUAUCCAUGGUUUUCUUUUAGAGUAGAGGGCGAUUUUCAUUUUUGUUAUUUUUUUUUUCGGUGAGAAAAAAUUGGUUUUGACGUGAUGUGAGUUUGCUGUCUGGCAGUGAGAUGACAUAGAAGCAGUGUAUAGCCGUCCAGUUUCGAAACAAAAGUGGCAAGCAGCAUUAUUUUUAAGUUUAUUCAGGAGGACAAUUCACCGAAGAUGGUUCCUUCAUCGGCCAGUACGUACCCGGUAAGCCACCGGUCAGUGCCCAGUCGACCCCGCAAAACCCUUCGCUGCAGGGAGCCAACGCUGGCAUGGCGACGUACGUUUAAGUGGCCAACACCACCAACAGUGGCCAGCCACCAGGAAUCUAUUGCUUGUUGUGUUUACCGGGAAGUACCGAGUGAAGGAGCGCUGACGGUUGAUGACUACUACUGGACGGAGCUGACACACGUCAACAAACCUCUUUGUGUUUUGUUUUUUACUUUGUGAACCAUCAUUUGGAAAAUACAUUCGUUCUUAGCGUGUUAACGAAACCCGAGUGGGUAGUAUCAAAAUGACUCUCUCUUGGCAACUCAAACGAAUGUGUUCAGACGCAGAUUUACUAUUGUAAGAAAAAACAAACCGGUUAAAGGCAGGCAGCAUUAGAAGAUAAUUAGACAGUUUUCAGUUUACCUUUUGGAGUCAGUACAAAAUUUUAGGACGCAGAAAAAAAAGGAACAGUCGCUUAGUUUUAGUUGAACCACCAUUUAUUAGCGCUACGCUACGGUAGGCUGCUGUGCAGUGUUCUGCUUAGUGCGCCGUGCGCACCUAGCGGCAAUUGUUGCAAACCCCCAAAUGUAGCGAAAUUCCAUUUCACCAUCAUCGGCAGCUCUAAUCCUCGGAAAACGCAGGCCCACUCGCAAGCGGAGCUUGGAUUCCACUUUAUAUUAUCCGUUAUUUGUGCUUUAAUUAUUAUGACCUACUAUUACCUACUACGCGCGGUGAACGCAAACGCGAUCGUACGAGAUUCCGGGCGGGAGAUCCCCUCAAAGAGCGGGAUUCGAAAUGCACGAAACGUGAAAAAAAAACACUAUCUGCUUAAUUUUAUUUAACGAAACCAAGAGAACCAUCAACCGGUCGUCGUCGUCGUCGUCGUAGUUGUUAAACGCCUUCUUCGUCUCAAUCCGGCCCACUUGAGUUCUUUGUUUGUUUUAUUAUUUAGUUAUUAUUUUUUUGUUUUAUUACGUAACUUUCUGUUAGGAUAACAUUCGAUGGAACUAAACUAUAACGUGAAACAGUAGAACGCGGUACGCGAAGAGUUAUUGAAUCAAUUUCGUCCAGUAAGCAAGAAUCUCUUAUUCGUACUAGUUUGUAAAUGCUUAAGGAAACAAAACGCAGAAAUAAGGAAAUCCGUCAGUCAGAGCCCACUCUCCUCUACUACCAUGCUACUUUUUGUUUCUCCCAUCUCCAAUCACACAAACGUUAAAAAAAGUGGAUAAGUUUUAGGUUUGUUGAUAGUUUUAUACUUGAUUAUAAAACUUUUGCAACAACUGUUCGAUUGGUAGAGCGAGCAAGGAAGCCAACCAGUUCGGGAGCACAAAACCCAGCUACCCCCCAUUCCCCGAGCUGGCUGUGGCCUGGCAGAGGUGGACAACGAAAGGAAAUCUCACGAUAUAAAAUAAACCCGAAACCCGAACAUCACACAAUUAAGGUAUCACACAAUUAAUGAAGCAAGAAGAAGAUAUUUGUACUGAGAAUGAAAAGUAAAAAAAAACACACACACAAUUGGGAAGAGAGGGAGAGAGAUAUUCUGUAUAUAAUGCAAAAGUGCUGCAAUUAUUUCCCGUAACGUAACGUGACGGUUUUCGGAAUGCAAAUUAAUUAGUUUUUUCGUCGUCGUCGUCGCGGUGGUAAAGAACGAACAGCACAGCACAGCUAAGGAAAAGAAAACCCCCAGCUAAGGAGGAGAAUGAAACGAAAUAAUGUUGAAAUGCAAUUCUUUUCUUUUUAAUAGAAAUUUCCCUGUAUUAGUUUUAACUGUUUAGUAAGAGAAAAGCUAAAUGUUUACUUUUAUUUGUAAUAAAGAAUCUCUUUACGAAAUAAUUUGUGUUUCUUUUUUGGUAUUAUGGUUUUAUAUUUUUUUAGUCUGACCCACUUUUUUUGGGUUUAAGCCCCAUGAUUUACUUUUUGUUU